UAAUUCAUUGAUUCAGUCCCUCCCGAGUCCCUACACCCUCAGCUGAUUAAUAUCUUCUUCCAUACUUUCCAACUUCCCAGUAGACAAUUCUUCUUUACCAUGAAUCUGGACAAUGUUAGUGGGAAUUACCAGAAGAUGGAGAAGCAGCAGAAGGUGGUGAAGAAGGAAGUGGUGGAGUCUGAUGAGGAAUUGGAGGGUGUUGAGGAGGAGAAGAGGAAGAAAGGGGUGAUGGAUGGUGGUGGUGGGCUUGGAAAGAAAGGUGGUAACGGGCUGAGGUGUUGUCAGGCUGAGAAGUGCACGGCGGAUCUGAGUGAUGCUAAGCAGUACCACAGGAGGCACAAGGUGUGUGAGUUUCAUGCUAAGGCUCAGGUUGUGCUUGUGGGUGGGAUUAGGCAAAGAUUUUGUCAGCAAUGCAGCAGAUUUCAUGAACUAUCAGAAUUUGAUGAAACCAAGAGGAGUUGCCGCAGGCGUUUGGCUGGACAUAAUGAACGGCGAAGGAAGAACUCUGCUGAGUCUCAUGCAGAAGGCUCAAGCCGCAAAGGAACAGGUACUCAGUUGAAGGACAUUGUUUGUGGACAGGUUGAUGAUAGGGGAAGAAUUCAGAUAUCCAUUCAUGAGAACUCAACUUACAAACAUUUCCAGAUCAGAUAAGAUCCGAUUGCCUGCUCUCAAGCAUGCUCUCUCUCUUCUGUCAUAGGGUGUAAUGGCAAUUUAGAGUUGUCCUUUAAUCUGUAUUAUGUAUUUUGUCAAGAUGUUUAUUCUGGUCAAGUACAAAUGCCAGAGGCUUGGGGACUUCCAGUUCCAUUCCUGCUGCUAGAGUUAAUGCUAGUUUUGGUUGAAGGUAUAUAGAGUCUAGACUUAAUAUGUGGCUAAGAACUUAACUUUAUAUUUGUUGCAACUUGCAAGAGUAGGAGAAUGGUUUGCAUGUACUCCCUUGGCCCUUCGGUACUGGGGCUUAAUUUUAUCUGUUAAUUCCUUGAGUUUCAUGGGCUGUUAUGAUUAGCAUAUAGCAAUGGGUUUAGGGUUAAUAUAAAUAAUGGAAACUUUAGGCAAGUUUUUUCUAAUUUUUUUGAAAAACAUGAUAUAAUAUUAGAAUAAGCUACUUGUUUCUCAAGUGAUUUAUGACUAUAGGAGAGUAUCUACUGUCUCAUCUCUUUCAUUUUCACCUUUUUCAGAUUUGAUAGAAAGCAUGAUGUUCUAAAUGGAAUAUGUUGCUUUACAUUUGGUACACAAGUGCCAAAGCACAAUUUGUUAUCCUUGAUAAAAAGGAUGGGAAUCAAUGCUUGUAAUCUUGAUAAAUGGAUGUCAUGUCGAUUGUCAACUUGUUAUUGGGAGUUUUGUAUUGCUGAAUGCUCUGUUUCUGA